AUGGCCGUCCGCGCUCAAUUUGAGAACUCCAACGAGGUCGGUGUCUUUUCCACCUUGACCAAUUCUUACGCCCUUGUGGCUCUCGGUGCCAGUGAGAACUUCUACAGUGUCUUUGAAGCUGAACUCCAAGAUAUCAUUCCUACUGUGCGAACCACAAUCGCUGGCACCCGUAUCAUUGGCCGUAUGACCGCUGGCAACCGAAAGGGUCUUCUCGUCCCCACAACCACAACCGACCAGGAGCUGCAGCACUUGAGAAAUUCACUUCCCGAUUCAGUCCGUAUCCAGCGUAUCGAGGAGCGCUUGUCAGCCCUCGGAAACGUCAUCGUCACAAACGAUCACAUCGCUCUUGUGCACCCUGAUUUGGAACGUGAAACAGAAGAGAUUAUCGCAGAUGUCCUCGGCGUGGAAGUAUUCCGUCAGACUGUCGCAGACAAUGUCCUGGUGGGCAGCUACAUGAGCUUGUCUAACCAGGGUGGUCUGGUGCACCCCAAGACUCCUAUCCAAGAUCAGGACGAAUUGUCCAGCUUGCUUCAGGUUCCUCUCGUCGCCGGUAGUGUCAACCGUGGUUCUAACGUUGUUGGCGCUGGAAUGGUCGUCAACGACUGGCUCGCCGUGACUGGUCUCGACACAACUGCCACGGAGCUCAGCGUUAUCGAGAGUGUGUUCCGCCUCGGCGAGGGUCAAGGCCCCAGCAACAUCAACACGAGCAUGAAGGACACCAUGGUCGAGUCUUUCUACUAA